UCCUGAGGCUCCAGCUCUUCAGCAGCAUGGCCUUCACUGGCAAGUACGAGAUUGAGAGUGAGAAGAACUAUGAUGACUUCAUGAAGCGCCUGGGGCUCUCCAGCGACACAAUUGAAAAGGGCCGCAAUUUCAAGGUCAUCUCGGAGAUACAGCAGGACGGGCAGAACUUCAUCUGGUCCCAGCACUACCCUGGGGGCCACUCCAUUUCCAACAAUUUCACCAUUGGCAAGGAGACCGAAAUGGAGACCGUGGGAAACAAGAAGUUCAAGGUCACCGUGAAGAUGGAGGGUGGGAAGGUGGUCGUGGACUCCGCCAACUACCACCACACUGCAGAGAUUGUGGACGGCAAGCUGGUGGAGGUCUCCACCCUUGGAGGCGUGACCUACGAGCGCGUGAGCAAGAAGGUGGCCUGA